GUAAUUGCUGACAGUAUUACGUAACGUUGUCGCAUGGAUACUGUGCAAACAGAAAGAGUGGGAGAAAGCUGCUCCAAGACCUUGACCACUCUGAGCAGUGCAGUCCGGAGACUGGAUCGCUUUUGAUUCCGUUGCUGUUUUUCCAGCAGGAUCUACAAGCUGAGUGGACCUCGAGUGGAACUGAUCGCCUUUCAAGUGGAACGGUAAAUCCGUUAAAGGAAGCUGAAAUCGAUACCAAUAUGGAGCGCUGGCGAUGAUGAAGAACGUGCCGACGCCAUCGUCCAGGGGCUCCUGCUCCUCGUGGUCUUGCUUCGCCGUUUCAGAGCAAAAGCGGACAUUCGGCAGCUUUGAGAGAAGGCUCUGGAAAAGCUUUCCAGCACCGAGGUGACCUUCUGAAUGAACGAGUGAGUCAGGCCAGCUGCUCGUUGUCCAACGACCCAGCGGACGUGAACAUGGAGAUGUCGGGCCAGUAUGGAAACAGCAGUGAAGUGGGACAAAGGAAGAGGGCAGAGGAGGCUGUGAUUAAGGUCCUGGUGCCCAUUCUGGACGGGCUGAUCCUGGUGGCCGGCCUGCUGGGACAAAUCCUGCUCAUGGGCACCCUGAGCGGGCGCAGGCACAAGGAGCGCCGGACCCCGCACGGGACCGACACGCUGCUGCUGGCCCUGAGCGCCGCCGACUUGCUGCAGCUGCUCUGCCUGCCCUUCCACACGACGGCCAUCGCCUUGGGCUUCUGGCCUUUCGGCAGCUUCCUGUGCAAAGGCGUCAGCUUCCUGGGCGUGGCCUGCUCCUCGGCGUCGGCUUUUACCUUGGCGGCGCUGGCCGUGACCCGUUACCUGACGCUGGUGCACCCGGCCUGGGCCUUCCGCUCCCGGAUGCACCGCCGCGUCAAAGCCACGGUGGCCCUGGUGUGGCUCCCCGCUUCGGCCUUGGCCGCGCCGCAGUUCGCCUUCCGCACGGUGACGGCGUCCAGAGCCGUGCACUGCUUCGCCUUUCUGUCCGACUUCAGCCAGUUGGUCUACAGCCUGGGGCUCUUCUUCUUUGGCUUCGCCCUCCCGCUGGGCGUGAUCGUGCUGAUGUACGCAAAGAUCUACUGCUUUCUGCGCCGCGCGCGCUUGAUGGGAAACGCCCCCCGGCUGGAGCGAUACCAGAAGCAGGUCACCCACACUUCGGCUCUCCUGGUCCUGGUCUUCACUCUCCUCUGGCUGCCCUCCUACGCGCUCAUGUUCUCCUUCAUCGGAGGAAGCAUUCAGGGCUCUAAGGGUUACAACACAAUCGCCGUUUUGGCCCGACUGCUGGCGUCCUCCGUGGCGGUGGUGAACCCCGUCCUCUACGGGUUCAUGUCGCAGAAGUUCAGAAGGGAGUUGCUGGAGCUGGGGCGGAAGCGCUGGACCUUUUGCAAAAACUCUCUCAGCGCUUGUCCUCACACGAUGACGGGCGGGGACACGGUGCAGACCUUUGAGUUGGACACCGGAAACUGAAGGAAGGAACCGCCGGACCGGCUGCAGAACUUUCUCCGAACUGGCGGACCUUCUCACCAUGUACUCAAAACACGAUUAAACAUGUUGACGGUGUGUGUGUGUGUGUUUGAAAGCAAACUC